UACUGACUUUUAGGCGGGACCCUGCAGCCGAGACGGUUCUUGCAGUAGUUCUAGUGGAAGUCACCUACACGUGCAUGAAGGGGCUGGUUCCUCAAAGAGUAUUUAUUUCGAUGGAUUAUUGACGACGAUACUACGACGAUAUUUCUUGCUGUUCUUUGUCGAUGCUGGAUUGGCUAUUAUGUUGUGGCUGGGCCAUAGAUCUGCUGGCUCUACGAUAUAUGCAAACGUUCUUGCCAGCUCCAGAUCUCGUUCUCUUUACUGAUACCAUUGAAGUUUAUUACAUGGAAGAUCCCUGUUUCACAUUCACACGUGCCCACUGACCGCCCCAGCACACCGCUUAUCUCCUGAAAAUAAAGUUGCCCUGGCAGUUCAAACUCAAUUCAUCUCCACUUCUCCUCCACAAGUCAUUUUUCAUUCUACUUUAAACACCCCAUCAUGGCCGACACAAACGCAUCCACAACCUGCACCGUGUGCUCCAAGCCCGGCUCGACCACCGUGCCUCUCAAACGCUGCGCCAAAUGCAAAACGCAAUGCAAGAAUGCUGGCGAGAGCGCCACCAACCUUACUCCUACCAAAAGUGCAUUUCCACGUCCCCAAACCCUCGAAGCCCAUAUCGAGAAACCCUUCCAUCAGCUACACAGCAAGACUUGGCUGCACAACCGCCCCGAAAACGACGUCUACCAGCUGCUCAUCGACGUGUAUCGGAUGCGCAUGGAGGAUGAUUACGUCUUCACCGGCGAUGCGGAUAUGGACUGCAUUUAUGGUGGAGCACCGGAUAGUCGUGACGGGUUCCGGCGAUUCCUGCGUCUGGCGGAGCGCAAACGCGGGUUGUUGCCGGAGUGGUGGUCCCCUCAGAAAGCCAAGGCGUGUGUGGCGUUUGGACUGAGACGUGGAGACAACUGGAGUUCGCUGGCUUGCGCGGUGGAAAAGUCCGAUGUUCUGGAACAUUAUAAGGAUCCGUCGUUCCCGAUGCAGUUGCGCAUGUUUGGGGAGCAGGUGUGGGGAACGGGGCCGGCUGGACGACCGGGAGCUCAGAUGAUGCAGCAGAUGAUGCAGCAUGAGAAAGGAGAGAUUGAGUUGGCUUUGAGGAAUGAUGCGGGUUUUAUGGACAUGAGACCUAGAUAG